AUGGACGCCAAUAAGCCAAGCAUCGAACAGGACGAGAACGUCAUCAAGGCCGACAGUGUCAGCAUCAAGCCCACGGCCGUGAACCCAACCCCAGCGGAAUGGGCGCAGCACUUCACCGGUCAAGAUGAGGCGUGGCACAAAGCCAUGGACAAGUCCCUCCUGAAGCGUGUGGACCGGCGCCUCAUGCCGAUGCUCGUAAUCAUGUACCUCCUCAACUUCCUUGACCGCUCCAACCUCGCUCAGGCCCGGCAGGGGACGCUCGAGAAGGACCUGGGGAUGACGGGCACCGACUUCAACCUCGCGACCUCCAUCUUCUUCGUCGGCUACCUCCUCAUGCAGUUACCCUCGAACCUGCUCCUGACGCGCGUGAAGCCGUCCUUCUACCUGGCGGCCUCGUGCUGCCUUUGGGGCGUCGUGUCGACCUGCAACGCUGCGGCGCACACCUUUGCGCACCUCAUAGUGAUCCGCUUCUUCCUCGGCUUUGUCGAGGCGCCCUUCUUCCCUGGCGCCGUGUUCCUCAUGAGCUCGUGGUACACGCGCGCCGAGCUGACCCGCCGCAUCGCCUACCUAUACGCUGGCAACGCGCUGGCCAACAUGUUCGGCGGCCUGCUCGGCGCGGGGAUCCUUGGAGGCCUCGAGGGAGACAUGGGUCUCGCCGGAUGGCGCUGGUUAUUCAUAAUCGAAGGAGUGGCGGCUAUCGCAUUCGCGCUCGUCGCCAUGUGGAUUCUGCCCGACUACCCCCACACGACCAAGUGGUUGACGGACGAAGAGCGCGCGUACGCCGCGUGGCGCCUGAUUGAGGACAUCCAGGAGGCCGACACGUACGGCGAGCAGAGCGUUUUGGACGGCGUCAAGAUGGCGGUGCGCGACUACCGCCUGUACAUCUUCGUCCUGAUGCAGCACGUCAGUUUGGUCUCGCAGACGUUCCAGUACUUCUUCCCGACCAUCGUGGGCACCCUGGGGUACGGCAAGAUCGAAACGCUUUUGCUCACCGCACCCGCGUGGGCCGCGACAUUCCUCACCUCCCUCUACGUCACCUGGUCCUCCGCCAAGACGAAGGACCGCUCUCUGCACAUCGUUUGCCUCACCCUCGUCUCGGCCGUUGGCAACGCCAUCGCCACGGGCUCGACCAACACCGGAGCCCGCUACUUUGCCAUGUUCUUGAUGCCAAUGGGCGCCAUUAGUGCAUACCAAAUAAUUGUGUCGUGGGUGGCAAACUCCUUCCCCCGGCCGCUCGUCAAGCGGUCGGCCUGCAUCGCCAUCGCCAACAUGAUUGGCAACACGGCGACCAUCUACGGGAGCUACCUGUAUCCCAGCAGCACGGGCCCGCAGUACAUCCCAGGCGGCAGCGCCAACACGGCCGUCUGCGUGCUGGUCGGCGCGCUCGCGCUCGUGCUGCGGUACCUGCACAAGUGGGAGAACCAGAAGCUGGAGAGGGCCGAGCAGGACGCGGCGGCCCUGGCGGAGAGCGGCGAGAAGCUCCCCGUCGAUCUGAAGCAGGAGAAGCGGGCUGCCGGGUUCAGGUACGUAUACUAG